AACAGCAUAUUAGAAGAUAGAAAGAUGGGUUCUCUAGAUAACAAACAACAACAGUCCAUUAACAACACAGGGAAUGAAGAUUGCUUGAAUGCCUUUAUGUUCAGCAACUUAAUCGCAUUCCCUAUUGUCCUCAAAGCCGCCAUUGAGCUGAAUUUAUUUGCAAUAAUGGCUAAAGCAGGCCCUGGUGCUCAUAUUUCCGCCUCUGAAAUAGUGUCUCAGCUACCUACUAACAACCCAUCCGCAGCUUCAAUGCUUGAUCGCAUGCUGCGGUUGUUGGCUAGCCAUUCCAUGCUUAAGUGCUCUUUGCGCACGCUUGAAGAUGGUAGAGUUGAAAAGCUUUACGCUCUCACACCUUCCUCUCAACUUUUUGUCAGCAACGAUGAUGAACUGAGCUUAUCAGACGUAUCGAUCCUUUCCUAUCACCCAGCUUUGAUGGAAGCUCGGUUUCGCUUGAAGGAUGCAAUUCUUGAAGAAACUGACGGUGAUUUGUUCAAGAAAGUUCAUGGUCUGACUUUGUUCGAGUACAUGAACAAUGAUCCAACUUUCAACAAUAUUUUCAACAGUGCAAUGGUCGGUCUGUCUCAGUUUGUGAUGAAGGGGAUUCUAGAGGUAUACAGAGGAUACGAAGGGCUUUCAUCAUUGGUUGAUGUUGGUGGUGGAAUUGGGAAAUGCCUACACAUGAUCACCUCCAAGUACCCUCAUAUUAAGGGCAUUAAUUAUGAUUUGCCUCAUGUCAUACAAAGCGCACCAUCUUAUCCUGGUAUCGAACAUGUUGGAGGAGAUAUGUUUUCAAACGUCCCAACAGCAGAUGCAAUUACGUUAAAGAAUAUACUUCAUGACUGGAGUGAUGAAAACUGCAUUAAAAUUUUAGGGAACUGUUACACAGCUUUGCCAAGUAAUGGGAAACUUAUAAUUUUAAGCGCAGUAUUACCAGAAGAACCUGAGUCAAGCAAGUACUCUAUGUAUGUUUCUAGAGCUGACAACCUUAUGUUAAUGCAUACUCCAGCUGGGAAAGAGAGGACAGAAAAAGAACAUGAAACCUUGUGCAGAAAAGCUGGAUUUUCCAACUUUCAACUUGUAUGUUCUUUUCAGGGUAUUCAUGCAAUCAUAGAAUGUUAUAAGUAAGGGCGUAUGAUCUGUCUGCGAGAUUAUUCUCUCCGUCAAAAUAAAAAAUAAAAAUCAUGAAUCUAUUUAUGAUGUAUC